AUGUUUCAAGAAAAUUCUCAACAAAUUUAUAAAAAUGUUGAUUAUGAUUGUUUACGAAAAUAUGAUGAAAAUAAUAAACAUUUUUCGAUGUCAAUUAUAUUAGAAAAUCAAGAAGGAGAAGAACAACAACGAUCUAUUGGUUAUGAUUGUAUUUAUCGUUAUGGAACACAUAGAGUUAAACUUGAAUAUUAUAUUGAAAAUAAAAUUUGGAAAAAAAUUCCUUUUCAAUCUAAUCAAGAACAAGAAAAUAUUUUAAAUUCUUUAUUUGAUGAUAAUUAUCAUAUUAGAUCUUUAUUUCAAUCUUUUACUCUUGAUCAACAAAUUCAAAUUAUUAUUAAACGAUACGAUAAACAUUUUUAUGAAAUCGAUAAAAUUAAAAAUGAACAAGAAUAUAAAAAUGAAAUAUUAUUAUCUUCAUCAAUUUUUAAAGAAGAAAAUCCAGUAAAAUAUAUAAAUAAUGAUUUGAUUGAAUUAUCUUUACAUGAAACAUCUAAAUCAUCAAUUAUUUGUCAAGAUGAUCAACAAAAAAUAAAAAAUAAAAAUGAUUUUGAAAUAGAAAAAGAUUUUGUUGACUAUAGUCUUCAUUCGUUAAUAAAUUGUUUUCGACCGAAAUUUACUGGUUUAGCUCCACCACCAGUUGCACCACGUCGUAGUCGUCAAAAUAGUGCUUUUUCACAAUGUAGUCUUCGAUAUGCUUCAUUUAUUCCACCACCAACAGCACCUACUCGUCAACGACGUGUUAUUGAAUCGAUUCAUCUUGAUGUUCAGCCAAAAAAAAAAUUCUUUGAAAAACUUGUUGAUAUCUUAAAAGGAAUAGAACCACCGACAAUGGAUCAAUUAGGUUUAGAAUUUUUACGUAUCUAUGAUGGUAAAUUCAAUUAUCGUCAAGGACAUAAAUUUGUUAUGCCUUUUCGAAAGAAAAUUUGGCUUUUAAUCAUUAAACAGAUAAAAUGUGUUGAUUGUCCAGCGGAUAAUAUUGGACCACGAUCUUUAUUGAUACUCCAUCAUAAAGGUCAAUAUACAACUGUACAUGUUUAA